UUAAUUGAUCUUGAUGAUAAUGUGGUAUUUGUAGAUAUUAGAGAAAUUUAUGAUAAAGUGCCUCGAAACAGCAAACAGUCAUUUUGUACUCUCCAUUGCUUUUCCAACACUCGGAAUUGGUUCUUUACAUUAUCCUGUUGAUCAAUCAGCAAAAUUGAUGGUUAAAACAAUACGAGACUUUAGCACCAAAAAUUCUCGUACGAAUAUCUGGCGAAUUGUCAUUGUGGUGUAUGAAGGAAGCAGUGACUGGCCGUAUGUUCAAAAUGUAUUUAAGACCGAAUUAGGCGAAGGACGAGGAUAUCUUGGGGCCGAAAUCGCCAUAGCUCCGAACUCUGUUUCCCGACUUUUAUGUUCUGGUCAAGUUGGAGACAUCAGUUUCAGAGUACUGGUUGGGAGUAUAGCUGAAGAAAAGGUUGAUGUCAUUGUCAAUAGCGUUGCUCACGAUCUCGAGAUGACACAAGGGGCAUCUGCUGCCAUAAUGGCGGCUGCUGGGCAUCGACUAAAAAUUGAACUUACUCAAAAUUACCCCAACGGAAUUAAUUAUAAAGACAUUGCUGUAUCAAAUGGUCACAAUCUUAAGUGCCACAAAUUGUAUCACGGUGUUUUAAUACCAGGAUACUCAAUACCUACUGCAUGUUACAAACUUCCUCAUGAGUUUUUAGAGGACUUUGUCUUGCUUUGUCUGGAAAAAGCAAAUAAAAGUGGCUACACGUCCAUAGCCUUUCCUGCCCUUGGGACUGGAUUUCAUAAGAUUCCUGCAGAUAUGGCAGCUUCUACCAUAGUAUCGUCUAUAGAAAAGUUUUCUAAGCAACGACAGAAACAGAGUAUCUCAGAUGUACGAGUUGUACUGUAUAGGGGGAGUUGUGAUUUACCUAAACUAGAAAUGGCAUUUAAGGACGCAAUAAACCAGGUCAAUUCCUCAAGUAAACAAACUGUUUUCCGAUCAGCUCCAAUUAGACUUUGGGACUUACAUUCUGUUCCACAACGAGGAACAAGAGCUUACCUUGAUUACAAAUAUCGAGAAGCACUCAGAACACCACCAUACUGGACCAAAUUUACGGCCGAUUUAAACCUUAAGUCUUGGAAUCUGCUGCAAAAAUCGGGAACGUUCCAUUUAGAAACUAUUGACCAGAUAACGCGCAGAUCCAUUGCAAGUGCUUUAAGUAAAACAUUAGGAAAUGCACAUAUUAUCAGUAUUCAGAGACUAGAAAAUGUCGAAUUGCUUCUUAAGUAUGGUGAAGAAUGUCAAAGGCUAUUUCGAAAAGCAAGCGUGGAAGGAAAUUUCACGACAUUAGAUAAAAUUCCACAGUCACUUGGGCCUGUGCAAGUAAUGGGUUCAUUGGAUUCAUCCAUGACAAAACAUACUCACUCCGAAAUUAACGAGUACUAUUUUUUCCAUGGUACAAGGCCUGAAAACGUAGACAUCAUAUGCAGUCAAGGAUUGGACAGUAGGCUUGCAGCGAGUGGAAGACUUGGGGCAGGAGUGUACGGUGCUGAGGUAGCCUCUAAAUCACAUAAAUAUGCAGGAUGUGAUAAUCAAAAUCGUUAUCCUAUGUUUUUGGUGCGAAUGAGUCUUGGUGAUAUUUAUCUGACCAAGGCAGAAAGAAAUUAUAAGAGGCCACCAUGCAAAAUAUGUACGAACCCUGUAUGUUUAAUUCACAAGGAAAUUCAUGACAGUGUAGUGGCCAAUGGUGGAGCCUUUUCGGAUCGAGAGUUUGUUGUUUAUGAUAGGAAUCAGUCUUAUCCUGAAUAUCUAAUUUGGUACAGUUGUUAAAAUAUGCUUCUGUGUGUUAAGAUUGAUGAAGUCUGUGCUAAUGUGUAAACACACACACGCACAGCUUACAUAUAUAUGUAAUAUUUUGAUGUUCAAAACUUUAGAAGUGAUAAUAUUUCAUAUUGACUAUGAACAUUUUGUUGUGUGAUUGCUCUUUUGCUGUUGUUAUUUCACUGUAUGUUAAAUUAU